AUGGGUUACGAUAGUUCUCCCACUGCUAAUGCAUCUACUGAAGAUGGCGAUCGUGCCUUGGCUUGGACCAACAUGAAUCCUUUGUGGCCACCGCAGAACCUGCAGCCUAGCACCCAUGCUGCGAUUCAGAACGGUCAGCUUGCUCUACUGAAAGCGCCAUCCUAUCUGGGCGAUAUACUCCCUCAACCUCAAGCAGGCCAUUGGCGUUGUCGCACCCACGCGAACUGCAGGGAUUCGAGUAUCCUCACAAAUCUGCCUAUGUACAGUGUGUUUUGGGACUCACCGCUCAACACACAACGCUCCAAGACUGUCUACUUUGAACUCAAAGUCCUUGGAAUCGGUCGCGGUGGCUUCUCCUUCUCGGAAGCAGACGCCGGUAUCGCGAUAGGCUUCGUUGCGCCGCCUUAUCCUACAUUCCGUCUCCCAGGUUGGGAGCGUGCCAGUCUUGGAGUACAUGGAGAUGAUGGAAGAAAGUACGUCAAUGACGCAUGGGGCGGCAUCGACUUCACCUCGGCUUUCAAGCCCGGCGAUACUGUGGGUAUUGGCAUUACCUUCUCGGUACCGCGCAACCCGCCAUCAUACGAGCAGUCGCAACAGGGAAGAAUGCUAGAUAUCGACGUGUUCUUCACGCGUAAUGGAGUAAAGGAAGGUGGCUGGGAUGGCAACGAGGAGCUUGACGUGCGAAGCGAGGGCGGUAAUACUGGACUGAGGGGCGAAUGCGAUCUCUUUCCGGCGAUUGGCGUGUUUGGUGGCGUGGAUUUCGACGUCUUCUUUCAUCCAUCGCAGUGGCUUUAUCGCCCAUACUGA